AUGGCCCCUCGCAGAGCACCCAAGGUCGUGAACCCAUCGGCACGCACGACUGGGCGAUCCCGGGCGGCGGCAGACAAGUACACGCCGCCAGAAGAUGCAGUGUUGUCGAUCAACGGCCCCGACGGCAGGACCGUCAAGCAGGGCAACGACUACAACUGGGCGAACGUGCUGACCGAGAGUGGACACCCGGCGCCGCCUUGGCACACGCGGCCAUGGCCGCACGCAGAGUCCCUACAAGCUGACAAUGAAUUGAACGACAGCAAGGCCGAUGAACUGACGAAGCAGCACCGGACCCUCCCACUCUCGCGACACUUUGAUUGCAUCGAGCCAUGGGAAGGCAAGUUUGAGAACGCCGCCAAGGCGGCAGCCUAUUUCGGACACGCAUCGACGCGGGGCUUCAUCACCUGGAUGGACACCGAGUGUGCGGAUCUGAUUCGGCCGUACGGCCUGCGGCGUCGAGAUGGCUGGCCCAACACGACCACAGGCAGGACGGCAUCGCGGAAAAUGUUCCUGGAAAUGCUGUCGUCGAUGCGGACGAACCAGCGGGUCCAGACAGCUAUGGGACACGUCGAGGCUGGCGUGGCCAUCGCCAUGCCGCAGUCCCUCUUUGACGGCAACGAGGAGGACGACCGGGACAACAACACGGGGCUGGCGCUGGCCGCCUGCUACACCCUUCUCCGAUUUACCACGGACGGCACAGGGAACGACCAUACGACAGGGGGCGCCUGGUUCAAACCAGCACCGGAAGGUACUGGAAACCGGGCCUACGUGGCCCUGCGGUCCUACAUUGACCGGAGAGUGGGGCACCAAGUGUUAUUCCCUACCGUGACACCAAAGCUGGCUGUUACGCCGGUGGCAUUCCUCCGGAUCAGAGACGCCGAGGGCAUUAUCUCGAGCGAGAAGGGUGCCCGGCUGCACGCAAAUGUGCUUGCCAGGCGCAACCUCGACCGGAUGUACAAGGAUCUUCAAAGACUAACGGCAGCGCAGCUUACCCCCCACUUUGCCGAUCUUGUUAUUGUUGACCCCCCCGCCGACGAGGAAGAGGCCGUGGCCGAGGCCGAGGCCGACGACAUCAUUGCGGACAACAUGGGCAACGAGCUUGCUCUGAUGUCCGAGGCUACGAACCUGCUAAAGCACCUGCAGGCACAGCACCGACUGGACGGCACCGUGCCGCGCGAUCCGAUGGACAUGGGCACUCUGGAGGAAGUCCGCCGCGUGGCCCAGGCCAUCGCGGACGGACAAGUCCCGGCCGCCGCCGCCGACGACAACGGUGAUCGCACGAACUCGGAAGAAACAUCGGCCUUCCUGGACGCGCUGAACACCAAGGCCGCCAUCUCUGGCACGAUCCAGGAGAGCGCGACCGUCCACGACGCCGCCGCCAGCGAGGGCAGCACGUGUCGCGGGUGCUGA